AUGGCUGAAACCCUGAAUGCGCUCAUUGAUGCGUCCCUGGAGGUGGAUGGAUGUGUGAUCAUGAAGGUGGAGAAGGGCCCUGAGUGGACAUCCGAGCCCGUUCUGGAAGAACCUCGCGGCUGUGAGUCGGAGACCUUGCGCCGAUGCUUCAGGCAGUUCUGUUACCAGGAUGUGGCCGGACCCCACGAAGCGUUCAGUAAACUCUGGGAACUUUGCUGCCGGUGGCUGAAGCCAGAAAUGCGUUCCAAGGAGCAGAUCCUGGAGCUGCUGGUCAUUGAGCAGUUUCUCACCAUUUUGCCCGAGAAGAUUCAGGCGUGGGCGCAGAGGCAGUGUCCCGAAAGCGGAGAGGAGGCCGUGGCCCUGGUGGCACGCUUGGAGAAAGAGACAGGAAGGCUGAGACAACAGGUCAGCAGUGCCGUACGUUCUGAGAAGCAAGCCCCGCUGGGAGAAGCCUGGCAGGUGGCAGAGUUGCAGCCUGAGCCAGAGGAGAGGCAGCCCAGGAUGGUGUCUCAGGACGAAGCUCGAAGCCUUCCUUCAGAAUGCCAGGGACUGCUGAGGCAGAGGAGGGCGCACCGGCUGGUCCCCAGGAGCGUUCGGCCCUCUGCCUGGGUUUCUGUUGCUGCUGGUGAGUGGAACGCCGUUGAUGAGGAAGUGACGGCCACACGUCUUCCUGCCGGGCCCCAGGAACCAGCGAAAGAUGUCCACGUGACCAGAGGUUUCUCCUACAAGAAGAGCCUGCACCAGAUUCCUGCUCCCAGAGACCUCUGCCGCGAUGUCAGGAAGGGGGGUGUCAGAAGUACUGUCUCCCUAGGAAGUUCAGUGUCUACCUCUAACAAGACUGCUCGGUUGGAACAAAGAAAGGAGCCGUGGACUGUAAGCCUGCAUUCCUCUAAUAAGAGAAGCAUCCUGAGAAGCAGCUACGUUAAGGAAAAGUCGGUUCAUGCUGUUCAAAUCCCUGCGAUCAACGCAGGAAAGACAUGGAGAGAGCAGCAGCAGUGGGGUUUAGAAGAUGAAAAAAUAGCAGGCGUACACUGGAGCUAUGAGGAAACAAAGACCUUCCUAGCAAUCCUCAAAGAGUCUCGCUUUUAUGAAACGCUUCAGGCUUGUCCCCGAAACAGCCAGGUCUACGGUGCUGUGGCUGAGUGGUUGCGAGAAUGCGGCUUCCUGCGAACCCCAGAGCAGUGUCGCACCAAAUUCAAAAGUCUCCAGAAGAGCUACCGGAAGGUGAGGAACGGCCACCUGCUGGAGCCCUGUGCCUUCUUUGAGGACAUGGAUGCCUUGCUCAACCCUGCAGCCCAUGCUUCGUCCUCUGAUAAACCAAAGGAGGUGCUCUCUCUCCCCAGACUGAAGAGCAUCGGCAUUGGUGCUAAACAACACAUCAGUUCAGUAGAGCGCGAGGAAGCCGCAGAAGAAUCUGAUUGUGACGAAACGGGCAUUGAAUUUAUCCGCAAAUCUAAGAUACGUGGUGCCCCUGUCUUGUUUCAAAAUCUGAGUGGCGUGCACUGGGGCUAUGAAGAAACCAAGACCUUUCUUGACAUUCUCCGUGAGACUCGCUUUUAUGAAGCGCUGCAAGCCUGUCAUCGGAAGAGCAAAUUGUAUGGGGCUGUGGCCGGACAGCUGCGGGAGUGUGGCUUCCUCCGAACUCCAGAGCAGUGCCGAACUAAGUUCAAAAGCCUCCAGAAGAGUUACCGCAAAGUCAAAAACGGCCACGUGUUAGAGUCCUGCGCAUUCUACAAGGAGAUGGACGCCCUGGUCAACUCUCGGGCCCCUGCCCCUUCCACCGACCCCCCAGAAGAGAUCCUGAUGCCCUCGAGACAAGCAAGAGGGGUUAUUGAGAUUGAACCCCAGGAACCUACAGGCUGGGAGCCUGAAGAAUCCUCACAAGAGGCAGUGAUAGAAGAUUCUGACAGUGAGAGAAUGAGCGAAGAGGAAAUCUUACAAGAACCAGAAUUCCAAGAACCCCCACGUCGACUCCAAAGCCCAAACGGUUUUGAAAUUGAUAGUAGUACCAAGGAGGGUCCGACACAGAUCAUCUAUAAGGACAUGGAGCAACAUAGAGCAUUCAUGGAGAAGUCUGAAAGAGCUGUUGCACAGAACACUGAUCCAAAUAAAUGUCGCAAAAGAGAGUUCAUCUCAGGAAGACAAAGGGAAAACCUCCAAGGAAUUAGGCAGGGAAAACUAAUGUCUCAGCUGAGAGACACAGGGAGAGCCGUCGUCGUGCAUCCGAGGCCUUUCCUGGGGAAGAGGCCCUACAGGCUCCUCAGAUACGGAGAAAGCUUCGGAAGGAGUGCUCGUCUUUUGUGCAGGAUGACCCACCAGAAGGAAAACCCCUACAAGUGCAGUGUCUGUGGAAAGUGCUUUGGUAGAAGCAGGAGCCUGGUCAGACACCAAAGAAUCCACACAGGAGAAAAACCUUUCAAAUGCCUUGACUGCGGGAAAAGCUUUAACGACUCCUCCAACUUUGGUGCCCAUCAACGGAUCCACACAGGAGAGAAACCCUACAGAUGUGGAGAGUGUGGAAAAUGCUUUAGUCAAAGUUCUAGUCUGAUUAUACAUCAGAGAACCCACACGGGCGAGAAGCCUUAUCAGUGUGGAGAGUGUGGGAAAAGCUUCACCAACAGUUCUCACUUCAGUGCCCACAGGAGAGUCCAUACUGGCGAGAAUCCCUACAAAUGUGUGGAUUGUGAGAAAAGUUUCAAUAACUGCACAAGGUUUCGAGAACAUCGCAGAAUGCACACCGGAGAGAGGCCCUAUGGAUGUGCCCAGUGUGGCAAGCAUUUCAGUAAGAGCUCUGUUCUUACCAAACACCGGGAGGUUCACCUGAAAGAAAAGCUGCCGUCACACCAUCCAUCCGUGUAUUUCCCAGAGAACCCACUGAAGGGCGAGACUGAGGAAUUCAGGAAGGCACUUUGA